UCCCUCUCCUCUCUCUAUCUCUUCUAUCGAUCUCAGUCUCUUCUCUCGGCUUCGGGGUUCGGCGUGUCGAACCCUAGAAUAAUUUUGAUCGAUCCUCCAGGAAAUCUUCCCGGCGCGCAUGAGGCGGGUAUUCGCGCGAUCUCAGCGCGCUUUCCGUAUCUGUUAAAUUUUAGAUAUCAUUUUAAUUUUUUAUUAGAGAGAAACAUACUUGAUGGAUUGAUCAAUAGAUAUUAUUGUUUACUCUUUAGACUUUUGUGAAAAGGGGAAAGGCAAUCGGGAACUUAUCGUUCUUGGUAUUUUAUCGCAAUCUGAUAGAAAUUCUUUACCGGAUUGGAUUCAGCGAUCUGAGGCUUCUUCCGUAAAUCUUUACCGUCUUUCUUACCUAUCUUUUCUUUGGGGUAUCUUGGAUGAAACUUCGUGUCCAUGUAUGGACAACUGCCGAAUCUGGAAUGGCUCGUGUUUAUGUCGGCAAUUUGGAUCCGCGAGCUACUGCCCGGGAACUUGAAGACGAAUUUCGGGUAUUUGGGGUUUUACGAAGUGUGUGGGUUGCCAGGAAACCACCGGGUUUUGCUUUCAUUGACUUUGAUGACCGCAGGGAUGCUCAGGAUGCAAUUCGUGAAUUGGAUGGUAAGAAUGGAUGGAGAGUUGAAUUGUCCCAUAACUCAAGCGGUGGCAGCCGUGGUCGUGACCGUUAUGGAGGUUCUGAUAUGAAGUGUUAUGAGUGUGGAGAGCCUGGUCACUUUGCUCGUGAAUGCCGUUUGCGAAUUGGUCCUGGAGGAUUGGGCAGUGGAAGGCAUUGUAGCCGAAGUCCUAGAUAUCGUAGGAGCCCAAGCUAUGGUAGAAGGAGCUACAGUCCCCGUGACCGCUCUCCUAGGCAUCGCAGUGUGUCACCUCGUGGGCGCAGUUACAGCGGGUCACCACCAUAUCGGCAUGGCCGUGAUGAAUCACCCUAUGCUAAUGGAAAUUCUGCUGCCAGAUACAGGCACCGUAGUAGGAGCUGAGAAUUACUUCCAUGGUUAGAUACUUCAUCUGUUUCAACAAUAGCUCCUUGGGCUUUGUUGGCUGUGAACUGUGUUCUAUUUGAGCUACACAACAACGACUGCUUGAAUUUGGAUAAGUUACUUUUAACUUUAAUUACCUUUCGAUAUCUCUCUCCUCUCAGAUGCUAAAUAGUUUUGGUUUUUUGUAGUGUUUAGGAGUAUAUAUAUUUAUAAUAGGUAUGAUGCAAUGCAACUGGCAACUGAGAUCCAUAUAUUCUUUUGUGUUGAGGAGGUGUGGUCCUGCUUAACGACUCGCCUGACUUCGGCACCCAUUGCGUUUGUGGUUCUACUCCACGUGGUUUUGUUCUUCGCUUGCACUGACCUGCUACCUUCAUCUUCCUUGCUUCUUGCUCUAGAUGCUUGUCCGUGCUUGAUACUCUUCGGCUGUGAUGCUGCUCCUGUCAAAACUUGUAACGACCCUCUCUUCCCUAACAUUAAGGUUUGAGGAGUUACUAAACCAAUAUGUUUUCUGAAAAAAGUUGGGCAGUUCUGAUUCUUACUUCCUAGACCUACAGGUCUGCUGGGUUGUUGCUCACUCGCAAUUUCAAAGGUGAGAAAACCUAGAACUGCAUCCUGUGUGUCGGAGGGUCAAUCUAGCUUCUUCCUCUUCGGCUGCAAAAUGUAGUUGAACAUUUGGGAAGGAAAGGCCAUACCUGGUUAUGGGGCGUAUUGUCUUGAGUUUUCAUUUUUGGGUCAUUAAUUAUUAAUAAUCAAGAAGGAUUUUAUCA